GCGCGGGAGAAAUGACGUUUCGAAAUGCGUUCGCGAUUUUCAUUUUGACGUACGCUUUCGCGGAAGUGUCGUCAUGGACGAUCGAUUUGCCGGAAGUGAGAAAGUUUUUAUUCGAGAAACACGAGCAUUCUAAGAAAUAUCACGGCCAUGAAAAAGUAGAUUAUUCGCCGCAAGAUAGGAAGUUUUAUAGUAAUAUCGAAGGAAAUAGUAAGCAUCAUGAGGAAGAUCGGAAACAUCACCAUCACCAUAAUGACCAUAGCUACGAAAAUGAAUAUGGUCAUCAUUCCUACAUGGAGAAAAAAGUUUAUGACAUCGUACGCGACGGCAGCUCGUAUCUAGAGGGGCUGCAGAAGUCCUUAGAAGAUUACAGCUCGCAACUGAAAGGCUGUCAGGAAAACAAUAAUACUAAUUGGGAAUCAAGCAACCCUCCGAUCAGCAUACCAUCUUCAAGCAACAGCUCAUCUUCUCCAAACAACGGGUCCAUGCCAAUGCUGAACUUUAACAACUAUGACAACUCUCCUGUACCUUCACGACCGAGGUAUCCUUCGGAGUCCAGGGGCUACAUCCUGAACAGUCGUAGAAAGAUGUCCUGCGAAGAAGUUACGGAUUCCAGCGAGCAUAUUAGAAGGUUUGCAUCCUUGGCCCUGGAUGCUACACGGCGGUUGCAAGACUUUGCUUAUGCGAAGAAGUAUCAGAAGACAGAUGAACAGGAAGAGAAUGAGCUGAUCCUCAAGCUGGCGUGGUUCCUCGACCGGCUGGCGUACCUCAGCGGCUUCGAGCCAGAGAUCGAGCAUUCUGAACCUAAUAGUACUAGAUCUCCAACCACCGAGAUCCCCUCACCGCAAACCCUGGUUCCUUCAUCAGAGGAGCUGAACAAGCAGUUCAGAGACUGUAUACAGAUGAACUCCUCGGAACCAGCGACGGAGCGCUGCCGGUACCCGCUGGAAAUACCUGAGAUGGUGCAGCAGAUGUUGAAUAUUAGUGGUACUACUUCUUCACCUUCAUCGCCAUCUGGCUCCAUGACUCCUGACAGCGUGUCAGCACAAUCAUCAGAAAUUCUCAUAACAUCAGCUAAUACUUCCCCCAGCGAAAGUUCCCCACAAAAAUCUACAAGAACUAAAAGAUCUACAGACUACACUUACUAUUUCCCCACCAAACCAUUGCACGAAGUAACGUAUCCAGUACCUCUAGUAAAACUAAUAAAACACAGACUUUCAAAUAUAAAGUCGGUAGUAAAAACAAUUGUCGAAAAACGUUUGCAACACUUAGCCGAAAAAAAGGAAGAAAAACACCAUUACGAAAAGCAUUUUGACAAACGUUCGAUAUCUGACAGUGACAGUCAACUGUCAAAUCAUAUUCAAAUGUCAAUUAAUCCGAAGACAGCUGUCAAAUCCGUUGAAAAACGGCCAUUUGAAAGUGAAACUAUAAUUCAUUAUCCUAUUUCUGAUGUUUCGGUUAUUAAUACAAAAUCUUUCAAAAAACGGUCUAUUGACGACAGCAAAACCACAUCUAAUCAUAUUAACAGACUAUCACAUUCGAAAUCAUUAAUAAAAAAAUCUCCGAUCACCCGAAAAAAGUUCGAAAACCUUCGUCUAUUCACGAAAAUGGCUAAAGAUUUAAAAAAUACGGAUCCUAAAAUCAGAUCUUUAAAACGACGAUACACGGAAGACCCGUUAUCAAAACUAGCGAACUACUACAUAAAAUACAAAGUCUGGGACAAUUCUAAUCCAAUAAAAAAGAGUUUUAGCAAAAAACCUUUAGCUUUCGACGUCAAAAACCAAAUAAACGAGCCAAAAUCGGUUCAAAAACGGUCCCUAUUCAACAAGAAAUCUGUACACAUACACAUACCGAAACCGAUCCAAGUCGUCCGUACUUAUAUAAACACACGCCGACCACAUCAUGAGAAAUCUAAACUGCUCUCUCACCUUCACAAAAUACACGAAUUGAAACACAAAAAAGCAGAAAAGGUCCAUAAAAUUAUCAAAAGAUCUGUCCAUUAUCAACGAAUGUAUUUACCAAGGGUCUCUAAAGACCCCCAAGGGGAUAUAAGUUACUAUGUGAAGAAUAAAGCUGGGACAAAUAUAAAUCCUGAUUCAGUGCAGGCGGCUCAGAUGAGAGCAGGGUUAGAACUGGCAUUUCAAACGGGAAAUAUAGAAGUGGUAAGGAGAUAUGGUGCUAAUUAUAACCCUUUGAAUCCUAAUCCUCUUUAUGUUGGUAUUAUUGGGUCUUAUGCUGAUUCCUAGGUUCAAAUUAUGUACAGUAAACUGCACAUUAGUGGUAACUGUCAUGCACCUUAACUCGAUAGUAAUAAGUACGAUUUUCCUAUAAAACUGUUACCACUGACCUGAAGUUGAUUGUAC